AUCAUGAUGUAAACCCAUAUAAUGCGAUUUUCUUCUAGAUAGCCGAUACCGUUCCAACUUCUCCUCUCCCCACUUCGCCUUCAUCCCUCUUGUCGUCUUACCUUAACUCGACAAUUUCCUCAGAAGGGAGUCCACCACGAUCAGAGUCGUCCCCAGAUGAUAAAAAGGAAAGGGAGGCUAAGAAGGAUGAUUCGAGCGAAAUUGCCGAUGGUGAGCUAGAAGUUGUCGUUGGGAACGAGGUGAUUAACGACGCGAAGGCUUCACCUCAGGAUUGGCGUCCGCUCCGUUCCCGGUCAUUUUUGACUGAUGCUCAGGUUACGAUCCUUAGUAAUCACUUCAAGCGCAACCCAUUCCCCUCGAAAUACGAGCUAUCAGCUGUAGCUGAGCAAAUCGGAGUCAACAAGCGUGUGGUUCAGGUUUGGUUCCAAAACACUCGAGCAAAAGAGCGCCGAAGUAACCGACUUCCGCCGCUAGCUCGAAUGCCAUGGCCUUUAUCAGCGGCCACAUCUGCCAUACCUCAUCCCAAUGCAGCUCAGAUAAUGUCUGUUUGGGCACAACAGUACUCAGCGCUUGCUUCUCAGACCGAACAGUCAGCCGAUGAAUCAGCAACGAUUCAGAAAGAGGAAAGUCUGGACGAUGACAAAUCGAACACGCCACUUGACCUCACCGUCAAGGAUGAGACCGACCAUGACUGGAGCCCUGAGAAGCUUGUCGGUGCGUUUUUCGGGAAAAGUCCACGAUAA